AUGAGCAAGGAAAACGGGCUAGGGGAGGCCCGUGAAACUCCCUGUUUGGGUGUUAGUCAACCGAUAUCUAAAGCCUUACCUGAUGCACGUGAUCUGAGGCUUACGGCACAGCUUGUGGAAUGUCUCAAAAGUUUCAAUUUAUUCGAAACUGACGAAGAAAUGCACGCUAGAAUCGAAGUGCUUCGAAAAUUGAAUUCACUUGUGAAGAUCUGGGUUCGCAAGGUUUCGGAGUCAAAGCUUCCUCCUGAAAUGUGUGAGAACGUCGGCGGAAAACUAUUUACAUUUGGAUCGUACCGACUGGGGGUACAUACUAGG